GGGUUUACGAGGAGCUUGAACGCAGCACCAGCGGAGAGUACUCUGUUGUUUCGGCCUCUCACAGCUGGAACAGAACUUUUCUUUAUCAACAGUUUCACUCAGGUCAAACAUGCUGUGACUCUCUGACCCGGAGCGGAUACAGUUCUACAGGGGACCAGGUGAUAAAGGUCUGAUCUUCCUCCUCCUCCUCCUCUUCCUCCUCCUCGUCCUACAGACCGACCCUGUCAUUCAUUCAUUGGCUGGUGGAAGGAAUCAUGGUCUCCUCUGUGCACCUCUGCUCGGUGCUGCUGGUUGGGAUCCUGCUGGUCCUUCAUCACUCCUCAGGGUUCUGGAUUGUAAAUGUUGUGUUCCCGCCCAACGCCAAAACCAGAGUCCUGAGCAACAGCACUCCGCCACUCAUCAUCGUACCAGGGAACUUGGGGAACCGCCUGGAGGCCAAGUUAAACAAACCCACGCUGGUCAGCUGGAUGUGCUACAAGAAAACUGAACACUGGUUCCCCCUGUGGAUCGACCUCAACAUGUUCAUGCCGAUAGGUGUAGACUGCUGGAUUGAUAACAUUAGACUUGUUUACGACAGGACGAGCCGGCGGUCAUCUAACUCACCGGGGGUGCAGGUGCGAGUCCCAGGAUUUGGGCAAACGUUUCCCAUCGAGUUUCUUGACUAUAACAAACUGGCCGGUUAUUUUUACACGAUGGUUCAACAUCUGGUCAACGUGGGCUACACACGAAAUGAGACCAUCCGAGGAGCACCGUACGACUGGAGACUAGCUCCUAAUGAGAAUGAAGAGUAUCUCACGAAGCUGAAAGACCUGGUGGAGGAGAUGUACGACCAGUACCAGCAUCCUGUUUACCUGCUGGGACACAGCAUGGGCUGCCACUACGUCCUCUACUUCCUCAACCACCAGCCUCAGGCCUGGAAGGACAAGUUCAUCAGGGGCUUCAUCUCCCUGGGAGCUCCAUGGGGGGGCGCUGUUAAAGCACUUAGGGUCAUGGCAUCAGGAGAGAACGACGGCAUCCCGAUGAUUUCCAACAUCAAGAUCCGUGAGGAGCAGAGGAUGACAACAACGAAUCCCUGGAUGCUGCCGUCUGACAAAGCCUGGCCCAAGGACCACGUGUUCAUCUCCACGCCGACCCUCAACUACACCAACCAGAACUAUCACCAAUUCUUCAAGGACAUCAGCUUUGAGGAUGGCUGGUACAUGUGGGAGGACACCAAGAACCUCACGGGCGAUCUCAUCCCACCUGGUGUGGAGGUGUGGUGUAUGUACGGCGUGGGGCUUCCCACUCCGAUAACGUACAUUUACGACGAUGAUUUUCCCAACGUAGACCCGGUGGACUUUGUUUACGCCGAUGGGGACAACACGGUGGACAGCUUCAGCAUGAGCCUGUGCAAGCGUUGGGUGGGGCAGCAGGAGAAGCCCGUCCACGUGACGGAGUACAGAGGCUUGACCCACCUGGAUAUUGUGUUCCACGAAAAGGUGAUCAACCAAAUCCAGAACAUCCUGGAGGGCAAAUCAGACACACCCGAAGAAGUAGAUGUCCGAUUUGGAACUGAGUAGCAAAUAAAGGCAAAACCCGACACAUCCACACACACUGUAGCUCCUACAUGUUUAAACACCCCCGUCAUGGUCCAUGUUAGUGCAACAAACUAAUCUGGACUUGUAACUUGUCCCUGACCCCCCAGCAGAUAACUGUGACCCCCUUAUCUAAACUGUAUGCUUAGUUUAACUGUUUAUUUAUGUUCCAUAGUCUAUUUUGUUGUGUCUAACCCACACAGUCUGUUGUUUAACCUUAUAUCUGGUGGCGGUCACGGUCAGAUAUACAGUGUUAAACAUCAUUAUAGUUACAAACGUAAAAAUAAGGUUAUUUCAAAUGAUGCUUUCUUUCUUUCUGUUUUUGUAUGUGUAUUAUUUACAUACAACUC